CCUUUAGCCCCGCCCAACUCGUGUCCUUUCCGAAAGGCGAUUGGCUACGGCGACGAUCACAUUCAGAGCUAAACACGAAUUCCGAUUGGCUAAUAGGUGACGACGAGCAGAAUACUGAGCUGCGAUUGGUCAAGAAAUUAAACGACACCGACGAGGAGCCUGGCCUUUUUCCCCCCAGUCUUGACUGCAUUACGACCGGCAGGAGGCAGCAAGAUGCCGUGGAAAGCGUCCACUCCCUCUGCGUCUUGAAAAAUGUUGGCGGAAGUCUUUCUUGAGAGGUCGACGUCGGCGAUUAAACGUCUUUUUAUAAAAGCCCUUAAUAUCCAGAUGACGCCACAAGUACGUGGUGGUCUCGUGUUGGACCCAUUUUGGGGACUGAACGAUAGCAACACAGCGCAAUGCCUUAUCUCGGUGGCCCAGGUUCAAUGGAAGGUCUCAACCCAAUUCACGCUGUGUUGGUGUUUUUUCAUCAUGUCUGAUAGUGAGGGAGAGUCCAAAGAUUAGCGGGAGAUGUUUUUAUGGCCGCUCGGACGUUUCUGUGCUUGCCAUGAAAACAUCCAAGGCCGCCAUCGACUUGUCACAUUUGGAUCAUGAGCAAGGAGCGGCAGGACGUGUUUGCCUUGGACGAUUACGUCCAAGAACGAGGACCCACGCUGACCUUCAGCAACCUGCACUACUGCAUCCCGGAGAGCAGGUGGUGUCGAAAGAAACGGCCGGAAAAAUACAUCCUCAACGAUGUCAGCGACAUCAUGAGACCCGGGAUGAACGCCAUCAUGGGCGCCACAGGAAGCGGCAAAACAUCGCUCCUGGAUGUCAUCGCUGGGAGAAAAGAUCCCGCCGGACUCCGGCAAGGAACCAUCCUGGUGAAUGGUAAAGUCGUGACCUCUGACCUUAGGCUCACUUCUGCAUACGUGGUCCAGGAUGACAUUCUGAUGGGAACGUUGACCGUGCGGGAGAACCUUCGCUUCAGCGCCAACCUGCGUCUGGACCCCCGACGCCACUCGUCUGCGGACAAGCGCGCACGAGUGGACGCCAUCCUGGACGAGCUAGGCCUGAAUGACUGCGCGGACACCAAGAUCGGGACAGAGUUUCUGCGUGGCGUGUCGGGCGGCGAGAGGAAGCGCUGCAGCAUCGGGAUGGAGCUCAUCACCUCGCCCGCUCUCCUCUUCCUGGACGAGCCCACCACGGGCCUGGACUCCAACACGGCCAACUGCAUCAUCAGGCUCCUGCACAAACUAUCCCGGCAAGGCAAGACGGUCAUCUUCUCCAUCCACCAGCCGCGCUUCUCCAUCUUCCGAUGCUUCGACCACCUGACGCUGAUGCACAAAGGCCAGGUGGUGUACGCCGGGCCGGCCCAGCGCACCCUCCAGUACUUCACCGACCUGGGCUACCAAAUUGAGUCCUUCGACAACCCCGCUGACUUCUUCAUGGACAUCACCAACGGCGAAGCCAAGUCCACCCUUGAGGAAAUGAAUACAACAGGUGAGCGCAAGAACGUGCUAGCCGUCAAGUAUUUGCAGUCGCAGCUGUGCCAAGACGUGCUGCGCGAGCUGGACCGCAUCAGCCUGGGCGUGGCCGGCGAGGUCAAAGGUCGGGAAGAGGCGGCCGAUUACGCCACUUCCUUCCUCUACCAGAUGCGCGUGCUGUGCGGCAGGACGGCGCUGAACUCGCUCAGGAACCCGCAGACGUCGUACGCUCAGCUGGCGCUCAACAUUUUCUUCGCCGUCCUGGUGGGCCUCAUUUAUUUCCAAAUACCCUUAACCCUGCCCGAAGCUUUGCAGAACAGGAGCGGCGCGUUCUUCUUCCUCAUCAUCAACAUGGUGUUUGGGAAUCUUUCGGCCGUGGAGCUCUUCAUCAACGAGAGGGCCAUCUUCAUCCAUGAAAACUCCAGCGGCUACUACCGCACGUCUGUCUACUUCCUGUCCAAGAUCCUCGCUGACCUCAUUCCCAAUCGCAUGAUUCCCAUCUUUAUCUUUUCCGCCAUUGCCUACUACAUGAUGGGACUGAAGUCAGCGUUGGUGGCCUUCCUGCGUUUUGCGCUGACCAUGUCGCUGGUCAGCCUGGCGGGGGUCAGCUUGGCCUUCCUGGUGUCGGCCAGCGUCUCAUCCUUCGCCAUGGCCAACAUCCUCAUCGCGCUCCCCUUCGUCUUCAUGAUGGUGUUUGGCGGCUACCUGGUCAACCUCAACGCCAUGCUGAGCUGGCUCUCUUGGCUCAAGUGGGUCAGCAUCUUCAGAUACGGACUCAACGCCGCGUUCAUCAACGAGAUGGCGGGACAGGUGUUUUACAGCAACACCACCACCGUCCCGGGCGAGCUCUUCCUCUGGAGUCUGGACAUCGACUACUCCACGUGGGGCUUCUGGCAGAACCAGGUGGCCCUUCUUGGGAUCAUCGUGGUCUGCAUGGUCCUGGCCUACGUCCAGUUGCGCAGGAUCAACCGAUGGAAGUGAAAGCCGGUCUUUAAUUAGCGGCCCGGUCUUUAAUUAGCGGCCGGGUGACGCACUGCCUCCAGCCCCGUGGCACGUUAUAUAAAAAAAGAUUUGCUGACACCAGACAUUAAAUUGGACUGAAUAAUCAAAACAGAGCAAAGUCUCAAAGGGUCGACACAUUUAUUUAUCAAACGCCAGCAGCCAACCAGCUCAUGAAAGAGCCCGAGCGCACGUGUUGGGUGGGGGGGGGGACAUUUGACUGCGAGGCGGCUAAUCCCGCGCUCCCAGCGGGCACCAGGGAGGCGAGCGAGCGUGCGCUAAUCCGUCGUCCGAGACUUUGUAAAGCUUCUUAGCGUGACAAGCCACACUGGAAGACGUUUGAUGGAGGGCCUCGACACAAACCAUUUUUUAGUUGACGCUAAUAUUGAGAUAAAUGUUUGCUUUGUAUGCAAAACGCAAUAUUUUUUCAUAAGAAAAGUGUUGGAUCUUUUUUUUUUCAUUUGCUCAGCAGCAAAAAUAUGGCUGAAAUGUUGUGCAACUUUUCUGCUGCAAAUCUUGUCAAGUCUUUUUUACUUUUUUUCCCAAUGAUACCAAUCAACAUGGAUUGUUUUAUAAAAAAAAAAAAAAAAAAAAAAAGUGGACACCCGAGAAACAAACUA